GAAUGCAGCAUCUACUAUCAGACAAAAAUGGCGACCUGCAUCGGCAUGGUUGGGAGAGUUGGAGGCUUUGUCCGGACUGUGCUGAAGCCGGUAGCCGGGCAGUGUUCAAGGCACAGGAUAAGCGUGGUAGUCCCGCUCCGCCUCUCACAUGCAGCCCGGAGCAGUUUGUACGAACAUGUCCGUGAAGGCUACAGCGACAAGCCGGAUCUGGACAUGAGAGCAGUGUGUGAGGAGACCGACAAAGUCAUCGCUAAUGUGGAGAACAGGAAGGGAGACCUGACAGGAGACGAUGUCAGGAAGAUUGUGUGUGUGUGGCAGGAGCUUCAGGCGGUGAGGACAGAAAUCUCUGAACUGGAGCAGGAGAAGAGACGCGUCAGUGACACUGUGAAAGCAUUAGUGAGCAAGAAGGACAAGAAAGCCCUCGCCAAUGUUCCAGAGUACACCCAGGCGCUGCAGAAAGGUCGAGAGAUCCGCACCAGACUCAACCAUCUCUACCCCAAAGAGACCGAACUGGAUCAGGAACACUACGGCCAAGCGCUCAGGCUGCCCAACACCUCACACCCUGAUGUGCCGGUUGGAGAUGAAAGCCAGGCGAGGGUGGUGGAGCUUGUCGGACAGAAACCAGAGUUUGACUUCAAGCCCAGAGGCCACAUAGAGCUGGGGGAGGAGCUGGGUCUCAUCAGGCAGAGGCAUCUCGCUCACGUCUCAGGCCACAGGUCCUACUAUCUGAGAGGAGCAGGAGCCAGACUUCAAAUCGCACUCCAGAACUUCGCCCUGGACACAGUGCAGAAACGGGGCUUCAUUCCCAUGGUUGUACCUGACAUGCUGAAGGGGGCAGUGUUUGAGGGUUGUGGGAUGCAGCCUAACGCCCAUCGCUCUCAGGUCUACUCACUGGACCCGGCCCGUUUCCCAGACCUCAACCUGGCUGGGACUGGAGAGGUGGGAGUGGCAGGGUAUUUCAUGGAUCAUGCAGUAAACUGGAAGGACCUGCCCGUCAGGACGGCGUGCAGCAGCACCUGCUACAGAGCUGAGACUGACACAGGCAGAGAGACGUGGGGGCUGUACAGGGUUCAUCACUUCAAUAAGGUCGAGAUGUUUGGAGUGACAGCAGAUGAGACCGGAGAAGAAAGCUCUCAGCUGCUGGAGGAGUUUGUCUCUUUGCAAAAAGAGAUGUUUUCUGCACUGGAACUACACUACAGAGUGCUGGACAUGCCCACUCAGGAACUGGGACCUCCCGCUCACAGAAAGUACGACAUUGAAGCCUGGAUGCCUGGAAGGAACAGCUAUGGAGAGAUUUCCAGUGGGUCCAACUGUACCGACUACCAGAGCCGACGCCUCAACAUCCUGUAUGAGCGAGAGGACGGCAGUCUGCAGUACGCCCACACAGUGAAUGCUACAGCGUGUGCCAUCCCUCGAACCAUCAUCGCCAUCCUGGAGACUCACCAGACCAAAGAGGGAUCAGUGCGUGUCCCCCCCCUGCGGCCUUACCUGGGUCUGGAAGUGAUUGAGAAGCCAAAGUACACUCCACUGAAAUACAUUGGACCCAACCAGUACAGUCGACCACCCAGACCUGCUCCUAAAACCGGAUAAUAGAAGUGGAGCGAAGCUCACAUUUAAAAACGAGGGAAAAAAUAAUACUUGCGUCUACAUUAAACACAAUCUGAGUUUUUGAGUUCAGUAUGAAUUGAGGGCGUUGGUGCUUUGAAAAAAAGAUUAGACCACAAUGCAGCAGUUUAUUGUAAAUAUAUCUAUGUUGUCUUUGGUCACAUGCCAUGAGAUCAUGAACGUAUGCCUGAGUGUUGUAUGGAUUAUUACAAGAAUCACAAUAAGAGAAAGAGUUAAACUUU